AUGGCGCCGCCGUCCCAAGCCCGUGCGCUGGCCCUCCUGAUUGUCAUCGUCUGCUCCUCCUCUCCCCUCCUCUCCCACGCGCAGAAGGCGCCCGAGGCCGGCCUGUGCGCCGACCCGGCGGCGGCGCCCGACGCAUGCCACAACGUGCCCAAGGCGCGGCGUCUCAAGCUCAUCGCCAUCCCGACCAUCCUGUUCUCGAGCGUGGUCGGCGUGUGCCUGCCGCUCCUCGCCAAGUCCGUGCCGGCGCUGCAGCCCGACCGCAGCCUCUUCUCCGUCGUCAAGGCCUUCGCGUCGGGGGUCAUCCUCGGCACCGGAUACAUGCACGUGCUGCCGGACUCCUUCAACAGCCUCUCCUCCCCCUGCCUCCCCGUGAAGCCAUGGGGAGAGUUCCCCUUCACCGCCUUCGUUGCCAUGCUCGCCGCCCUGUUCACGCUCAUGGUCGACUCGCUCAUGCUCACCUUCUACAACCGGAACAAGGGUGGCGCCGGCCGUGGUAGUACCGCCGCAGUCGCCGACCACGAGAGCCCGGAGCAGAGCCCGGAGCAGGGAGGAAACUGGCACGGACAUGGGCAUGGACAUGGCCACGGCCACGGCAUGGCGUUGGCCAAGCCCGACGACGCAGAGGCCGGCCAGAUGCAGCUGCGACGGAACCGCGUUGUCGUUCAGGUUCUAGAGAUGGGCAUCGUGGUGCACUCGGUGGUGAUCGGGCUGGGCAUGGGGGCGUCGCAGAGCGUGUGCACCAUCCGGCCGCUGGUGGCGGCCAUGUGCUUCCACCAGAUGUUCGAGGGCAUGGGCCUCGGCGGCUGCAUCCUCCAGGCCGAGUACGGCGCCAGGAUGAAGUCCGGCCUCGUCUUCUUCUUCUCCACCACCACGCCCUUCGGGAUCGCGCUCGGCCUGGCGCUCACCAAGGUGUACAGGGACAACAGCCCCACCGCCCUCAUCGUCGUCGGCCUGCUCAACGCCGUCUCCGCCGGCCUGCUCCACUACAUGGCCCUCGUCGAGCUCCUAGCCGCCGAGUUCAUGGGGCCCAAGCUGCAGGCCAGCGUCAGGCUCCAGCUCGUCUGCUUCCUCCCCGUCCUCCUCGGCGCCGGCGGCAUGUCCGUCAUGGCCAAGUGGGCGUAA